GAGGAUAUACUCAAAAUCAGAAGAAAUAACAGGACGCUAAACAUGCUAUAACGCCAAUGGUUUCUUGUUUCCUAGUUAAUAUAGUUGGCUAUAUCAGACAUGCUUUCAUCCUCCAGAUGGACUUGUGGAGGGUGGGGAGGUGUGUCAUGGGCUGGACUGUCCGUCACAGACAUACCGCAGGAAAAGAGCAGCAGACAUGCGGCUUUGAUAAAGGACUUUCUUCCAUUACGCGCAGUCAGUGCACUCAGCGCGCGCACAGGUCUGAACUUCUGCACAACAGACGACACGAUUAAAGAUGGAAAUAUAGCAGCUGCUCCCUCUUAAACAAAACACGACACGGAUGGGUCUCAGUGAAGAAACUUCGUUUCUGCGGUUCGUGAUAUAUGAUGGGAGAUGUGUGCCACCGACAUGACAGUACAUGGUGGUGAUUGACCAGUCACCGUGAAGAAAGCAGCUCACCCGCUCACCAACACCCAGCCGUGACCCGUCCUACCUGUACGAUCCACUCCCAUCCGGACUGACCACAGAGCGCCUUCAUUUUCAGUAUCAUCCCCAUCUGCUGCAAUGAUUAAUCAACACAUUUUCCUGCAUUACAAUUACACAGGGAAACUAGACAAUCGUAAUGACACCAAAGGGGCCCCGUUGGACCCCCAAACGGUGGUGUUUUUGGUCAUUUGUAGCCUCAUCGUCUUUGAGAACUUAAUAGUGCUGGUGGCGAUCUGGAAAAACCACAAAUUUCAUAACCGGAUGUACUUUUUUAUUGCCAACCUGGCUUUGUGCGACUUAUUGGCUGGUACGGCCUACAUAGUAAACUUGCUGAUGUCAGGACAGUGGACGUUACACUUGUCUCCAGCCGAGUGGUUUGUUCGUGAAGGAAGUAUGUUUGUAACCCUAGGUGCUUCUAUCUUCAGCCUGCUGGCGAUUGCAAUCGAGCGGCAUCUCACUAUGAUAAAAAUGAGGCCUUAUGACGCAAACAAAAACUACCGGGUGUUUCUGCUAAUAGGAACGUGUUGGUUGAUCGCCAUCACGCUGGGAGCUCUGCCCAUUUUGGGCUGGAAUUGUCUGGAGAAUCUUCCACAGUGCUCGACCAUCUUACCUCUCUACAGCAAGAACUACGUGGCGUUCUGCAUCACCAUCUUCAUAUCUCUGCUGCUGGCCAUCUCCGUCCUCUACGCUCGCAUUUACAUCCUCGUCAAGAGCAGCAGCCGCAAAGUCACCAAGCACAGCAACUGCGAGCGCUCCAUGGCCCUCCUGCGGACCGUCAGCAUUGUGGUGGGCGUCUUCAUCGCCUGCUGGACGCCCAUCUUCGUGCUUUUCUUCGUCGACGUGGCCUGCGGGCCGAAAAGCUGCCCGGUUCUGCUCAAAGCCGAUUGGUUCAUCGGCCUGGCUGUUCUGAACUCCGCCAUGAAUCCAGUCAUCUACACUCUGGCCAGCAGGGAAAUGCGAAGGGCGUUUUGCAAACUCGUAUGUGGCUGUUUGGUGCGGGACGGCGUCAUGGGAUGCAAGCAGAAUACGGACCCUAGCAGGAGCAAAUCUAGCUCAAAUUGCCCACGGGCGGCUGAACAAGAAAACCCAGGCGGCAUCAAUUCAUAGUUUUUGGUCAUGUGACUGCCGCAGAGACCUGGAGGGCAAAAACUGCAGCACAGGCCUGUCAAAUUUCCAUGUUUUACAUAUUUAAUUCACAAAGAUAUGUGAACAAACUGCAAGUUAUGGGCACUUGCGAUCCAUAUCUAGACAUAGUAUAGUACUUAACUUGAAAAACUUAACUUGAAAAGCACUUAACGUGCCAUAAAUGCACAAAAACAGUGAUAUUAGAGAUCAAAUUAAUUUACACUGCAUUCACACGGGACGUCGCCGUUAAAGCUUCUCAUUUGCUUUGAAUGGGUGGUGUCAUGCAUUGCCGAACUGAACUGUGGGUUCCAUUGCAUUGUGUCACUGGCAUUGCUUGUGGCAGAAGUUGAAAAAUUUUCAACUUUUCAAGUGCCAACGCAGGUGUCAGCCAAUCAGAUUGCCUUAUGCAAAUAUCCUAGCGCAGACGCUAGUCAAUUGCGUUCAUGCAACACUGGAAAGUAAUGUGACUGGCUGUUGUCACUAUGACGGUCGCGUCAAUGUGCCGCACAAGUCCUGAAAAGUGAAGCCAAAAUAUUUUCAUCGCCCCCAGGUGGCUGGAUGCAGUAUAGGUCAUAAACCCCACCCUGUCCAUGUAAUCUAAUGGGACAUGAGACAAACUAAACAAUCAGAUUAAUACACUUCAAAUAAUUGUUUUCCAAAGAUGGUUUCUGUCAUUUUAGAUCGUUUAUCAUGCUAAUGUAAAUUCAAUUUUUAAAUAAGUUUGGGUUUAGUUAGAUAUUUGAUUCUAUAAAAACGGGGGUGUGACAUCAUGAUUGACAGCUGAGAUUGACAAAAUCUGAGCCAAGUAGUCACUGAGGCACUUUUUUCAGGAUCUUCGGGAGGAGAUUGGAGCUUUAACUUUAAUUUCUAUAUUUCCGUAACUGUUUGUUUCACACUGACACAAUUUGUUGUUCUGCAGUAAACUGUACUAACUGAUUCUGCGGCAGUGUGGGCGAGGCUCUGAGACGCUCUGAAAUGUCAGCCCCAUAUUGGGACAUUGGCGGCUUCACUUUUCCACAUGGAAGAGAGUCAAAGUGCGUCGUCCAUAUUUUAGACACGCCUUCCAUGUGAAUGAUGCGUUAUUGACAAUUCGUAACUUGACUGUGCGAGGCUUCCGGAGUCUUCCAGCUAUUUUAAGCUUUAUUGCUUGUUAAGCUGCUUGAUAUUGCAAACUGGUAUUAUCAUAAUAAAUGGCAUGAAAUGGAAGUUGUGAUAUUUUCUUCCCUAUUGUGAUGUAUAUCCAAGUUAAACGGCUUCUGGAACAAGAACAAAUGUAGGGCGGGGCUUGAUUUUGUCUGUGGGGAAUUGACUGGAUGGUUGUGGUUUGCUAUUGGUGGAUCUCAUGUGAUUGACAGGUUGCCCCGCCCUACAUUUGCCAGUAAACGCAUCAUCAGAGAUGUCAAUGCAAGAGGGAGGGGAAGUUAUUUUGAUUCAAGAUUACGAUGCGCAUGGAUAUAUAAUUUAUAAUAAACGUAAUAUUACAUAAAAAAAACAAAAACAAAGAUUCAUGGUGACUUUAAGCCACAAUAAGUAUUCUCUUUAUAAUAAGAUUUAUAAGUUCGCAUGUUGUAUUCAUAUUCUGGGUUCAUCUGUUCGCCUGUAUGCAUCAUCAGUGAAUUUGGUCUUUUAAUAUCACUGUCUUAAUAUUUAGUACAAACCUGAUAAAAUAAUGGGUGCUAUUUUGCCCUCCAGGUGAGCGUUCCUAUAAGGCGUGACAGCACAUGAAAACUGAAUCCACAACACACAAAAAUCAACCUACCAUUCCUAACGAAAGCUAAAGCACUCAAGUGUGUUUACUAAAAUGCACACUACAGCAUUAGUGCAUGAUAUAGAACUUUAGUAUGCACUUUUUAAGUGCACUUUAAAGCACUGUUGCAUAAUAAAAUGCACAGUAAAGCAUCAGCACAUGUUAAGUGCAUAUUGACCCAAUACAUAUGGAAGCCGUAUAACAAAACAGAUGCUUUCAUUUUAGAUCCCAACCUCAUGAUUCAAACCGAUACAGCUCUCAGAUAAUCUGUACAGAUGGGACAUAUCAAACUAAAUUGACAAUAUAUAAAUAUUGACUAUUUAUAUUGUGCUGUGUUUAAUGAUCUGUAUACCCAAAGGUGUUGAUAUUGUAUCCUAGCAUGUUUUACACUUUAGUCUGUAUGAUAUACAUGUAUAUAGGUUGUUGAUUUUUGUUGAAAUAACUUAAUUGUAACAUAUCUAAACUUUACCAAAGGACUAAAAGGAACAUUCAUACAAGGUCUGCCUGUAUGGAGCAAAUGUAGGCUGCUGUAAAUGUAUUUUAAGAUUAAAAGUGUAAUGUCUUAAAACAAAUACAGCUGUUUAUGGUACAGCAUGUGGUUCCAAGUUUGUGGGUCUGUGCAAGUUUCAUAAUAAUGCAUUUGUGCCAUCUGCUGGACACAUACAAGCAGCACAAGCUAAACUCUGAUGCUCAUGAUCAUUGAAAUUAUAUAUAUAUAUAUAUAUAUAUAUAUAUAUAUAUAAAAUGGGCCAUUCUACAGAAUUGGUUCAAAGUCAGAGUUGGAAAUGUCUUUUUGUAUGUAUGCAAAUUGUAUAAUAUCAAAGGUACACAUUUGUAGUAAUUGUACAGUUAAUUCUCAUUUUAUGUUGAUCAAUUUAUUUGUUUUGAAAUAUUUUUCCUCUCCCCAAAUUUGUCACUACCGAAACACAAUAAUAAAUCAUUUAAUAAGUAGGGUUACAUUGACCUAUUAAGAUUUUGUUUACAUCUACCUUGUAAAUAUAUUUUUUUGCUAUUUUUAAAAAAAAGUUGGUGUGGUUAAAAUCAGUCUCAGCCAAAUGGUCUAAAACAUACAGUUUUGGUAGUGACAUGAAAAUGCACCAAUUCUAUAGAAUGGCCCAUAUAUAUAUAUAUAUAUAUAUAUGGGCCAUAAAAAACAAAUACUAGCAUGAUGUACAUUCUUCAAUUAAAAUUACAGUAAUGAGAAUGACUAAUUUUUUUUUUGCUAAUGCAGAUUUGGGAGAAAAAAGCAAAGCUCUUAAAAAUAGGAUUAAUUUUUUUGUUGUUGUAAAACAUAAUUUCUUGUUAAUUUCUCUUGAAUUUGAAAUUUGAUUCUUUACAGGUUCUGUAAGAUCCGCCCGAAUAACCAAAGUAACCAAAGAGUAAUACACAUUGAUUGUUUUAUUGCCACCAAUCAUAAAGAAUAGGAAUAAGUCAUACAAGCAAAGAUUAGACCUGUAAACACAGUUUGGGCUUUUGAAUUCUGUCACCUGUUUCGUGGCCUGUGAUCUUCUGAAUGCUCACAGCUGAAGGGCAUGAGACCAAAGACUACAAGCAUGAUGGUACAAAUAAAAGGCACGUUUUCCUUACAACUCUGGAUGGCAAAGCAACAAUUUUUCGCAAAUCAAUUUUAAAUUUCUGUAUUAUUUUUUUGGGAAUGAAUAACCUCUAGUUAAGAUAGUGUUUUGUUGCAGCAUUACAAAAACAGUAAAAGCACCACUGUUUAGUUAGAGUCAGUUUAAUAUGUGUAAUGUAACAUUAGUCAUUUAGAUAAACAUAUGAAACAGACUCUGCAAAGUCCAGUGAAAACCUGCUGGGAUUUGGCAGUUUUUAAAUUGGGAAAGUUGCCACCACUGGAAAAAUCCUUCAGUAAAUUCAUUGAUUAGAAAUUUGUGAAUGCAUGUUGUGUUCAGAAUCACUUUAGAGUUUGAAAUGCAAAUUUCUCACUGAGAUAGUCUACAAUCCACCACCAGUGUCCACCGGCAUUUUAAAAUUG